CACACUCCGCGGUGAUUGCAUUAGCGAUGGCAUUUUAAGUAUCUCGUCCUCACCCGUUUCUUGCUUGGAAUCACGGGCAUCUCUUAUUGUCACAACAACGAGCGCGACGCCAUGUGCACUUGUGGAAGUUUUGCGCAAAGCACCUGUUGUGGAGCGAGCGGGGUGACGGAGCCGUGGCCCGGCCCCUAGGGGGAGUCACGCGCCCCUAUAGGGUUUAAAGCCCCGUGGUUAGAGCUGCCUUUAAUUGGUUUGAGCUCAGAGCAUAUGUAAAUAACGGGGCUUGGCUCCGCCCAUGCACCUGAUAGGGGUAUUUACGGCUCUUUACGGCUACUCUCUACACUGUUUCCAAGCGCGCGGCGCCGCACCAUGACGCUCCACUGGACUUGACUUGAGCAAUAAGGAUUUCCGUCUUCACAGAGCAAACGGACGCGCGUCGCUCGAUCCUCCGAGAUUAUAAAAAAAAAAAAAAACUACCAAAACUUGUCGUUGUCCACUCGUUCUCCAAGAUGCCACGCUCGUUUCUGGUCAAGAAACACAUAAACUCCGCCAAGAAGCCGAAUUACAGUGAGCUGGAAAGCCCAACAGGGUUCCUCACGCCGCACAUCUACAAGGGCCUCCCGCUGCCCCUCAUCGCCCAGCCGGAGAUCCUGGGCCCCACGGCGUACAGUCCCAUCACGGUGUGGACGACCACCAGCCUCCCGCUGUGCCCGCUCCCCAGUGACCUCUCGCCCAUCUCCGGAUACCCGUCGUCGCUCUCCGACACCUCCUCCAAAGACCACAGCGGCUCGGAGAGCCCGAGGAGCGACGAGGACGAGCGGAUGCUGCCCAAGCUGACGGACCCGCACGGCGCGGAGGCGGAGAAGUUCCAGUGCAGCCUGUGCAGCAAGUCCUACUCCACGUACUCCGGACUGCUCAAGCACAAGCAGCUGCACUGCGACGCGCAAACGCGGAAAUCCUUCAGUUGUAAAUACUGCGAGAAGGAGUACGUGAGCCUCGGAGCGCUCAAAAUGCACAUCAGGACUCACACGUUGCCUUGCGUAUGCAAGAUAUGCGGCAAAGCGUUCUCCAGGCCGUGGCUGCUUCAGGGACACAUCAGGACGCACACCGGUGAGAAGCCGUUCUCCUGCCCUCACUGCAACCGGGCGUUCGCCGACCGGUCCAACCUCAGGGCUCACCUCCAGACCCAUUCGGAUGUGAAAAAGUACCAAUGCAAGACCUGCUCCAAGACCUUCUCCAGGAUGUCGCUCCUGCACAAGCACGAGGAAUCUGGGUGUUGUGUGGCGCACUGAACCGGGACAGCGCCUCCCGCCAGCCGGUUCCGAAACGAGAGCGACGAAAAAGAAAGCUCCCCCAUGUCGUUCCACGCCACCAAGAACCUGACAGGGAAUCACACGCCGACCUACUUUCCGACAACCGUUCCGGUUAAUAUCAGAGCGAGAAACAGCUCUGUGCCCUCGAACGCCUCGUUUCAAGCAUGUGCUCGCCCACCUGUGCCAUUCAUGCACUUUCUGCAUGACGUACGUGCCUUUACAAUGGUUUCUUCCGACUUUUGUACCAAAGACUUAAUUUAACUCCUCAACAUUUCAAUUGCAGGAACCACACAAGCCAAACAAGCGUUGCCAAAAAGGUGCUUUACAAAUGACUAUUACUAUAACCAGAGGAAUGCUGGUCCAUUGUUACUAAUGGAACAAGGCAAACUUAGAAUUUAUAACUUUUGCACAGUCAUUAGAAGCAGUUUGCCUGCACUCAAAUAGCAAUACAGUGUUUCUCAAGUGCCUUCAGCUGUUGGUUGAUAUGUCUUCAGCAGAUUUCUUUUAUAUGUUUAUAUAUUGAAUGUAAGUAUGACUGAGAUGAUUGUAUAGUAACAGUGAAAACUGCGAUGCCGAAUGAUUUUUGAUAUUUUCAUACUUUCAUGACACUUUAAAGAAAUAAAGUUUCAUGAGGUUUUGUAUAAUU